AUGUACGAGUACAGUUGUCAAAACAAUUCAGAUAAACUUAGAUUACUGCCUUCCGGCACUGCAUUUCUAAUUACCACUUUACCUGAUAAUUCAUUGAUAAAUGGGAAUGCUAAACAGCACUUACCGAGUGGUUUGAACUUUUCCAAAAUCGCCUGCAUCCACACCAUGCUCAAUCAAUCCAUGAUCACGUUAAAGUGCGGUAAAGUAAAAAUCGAUGACAUGCGCCACAUAAAAGAGCAGACAGGUGGCGAUGUACAUCAUGAUCAGAAUCUGCACCAACAUGGUCGUCAGGCCGCGGUGUCGUGA